AUGAAACAAAGAAUGAUGAAGGUUUCAGAAGCAGCAGUUUCGGUUAUGGAGAUGGAGACUCGUUGCAGAGGCUUCAAGAUUGAGAGAGUCUUCAGAUUUUAUGAUUCUGGGCUGGUUUCAUUUUUCCUGCACAUAUCUCAUGGCUUCACAAGUCCUGAUUUAUAUUUCCUGUUGCAGCUUUCUGUUGUUCACAGUAUAGGGCAUGACUGGCGUGUAGCAGGUGGCAGCAUGGAGCUUUCUGUCGUUCACAGUAUAGGGCAUGACUGGCGUGUAGCAGGUGGUAGCAUGGAAGUGAUUCUGAUUGUUGUGCUUCUGCAAGUCUGA